AUGUCGGCCGAGCGUUUUGACUGCCAUUACUGCAAGGACUCCUUACUGGGAAAGAAGUACAUCCUAAAAGAGGACACUCAGUACUGCCCCAGGUGCUAUGAGAACCUGUUUGCAAACUGCUGCGAGCAUUGCUCUACGCCCAUUGGAUGCAACUCCAAGGAUCUGUCCUAUAAGGACCGCCACUGGCACGAGGAGUGCUUCAAGUGUGCAAAGUGCAGCCGCUCACUGGUGGAGAAGCCCUUUGCAGCCAAGGAUGACCUCUUGCUGUGCACGGAGUGCUACUCCAACGAGUACUCCUCCAAGUGCACCACCUGCAAGAAGACCGUCAUGCCAGGCUCACGCAAAAUGGAGUACAAGGGGAACAGCUGGCAUGAGACCUGCUUCAUGUGUCACCGCUGCCAGCAGCCAAUUGGAACAAAGUCCUUCAUCCCCAAAGACAACGGCUACUUCUGUGUGCCAUGUUUUGAGAAGCAGUUUGCCUAUCAGUGCUGCUCCUGCAAAAAGGCUAUAACGACAGGUGGAGUGACCUAUCACGACAAGCCUUGGCACCGGGAGUGCUUCCUGUGUAUCGGGUGCAAGAAGCAGCUGGCCGGGCAGCGAUUCACCUCGAGAGAAAACUACCCCUAUUGCCUGGACUGCUUCAGCAACCUGUAUGCCAAGAAGUGUGUGGGCUGCACAAAAGCCAUCUCCAGUCUGUCAGGAGCGAAGUACAUAUCGUUUGAGGAGCGUCAGUGGCACAGCGAGUGCUUCAACUGCAUGAAGUGCUCCGUGUCUCUGGCUGGGCGAGGCUUCCUGACCGACCGUGAUGACAUCCUCUGCACCGACUGCGGGCGGGAGAAAUGAGGCCACGCCCCUCAAAAUACAGGUCCAGUUUCUUUGGUGCUGAAAUGUUCAAAGCCAUUCAAGGCCUUUUUUGUUGAGUUUUCUUUCUCUUUUUUUUUGUUCAUUCUGUUUGUUCCCCUCAUUGAUGGUCAUGAGGCAUUUUA